UGUACCUACAGACUGGAGUACACAGAUUGCAACACCGCUCCCGCUGCUGCUGGGGCUUUCACCCACAACAACAUAUGCAGCAUUGAGAUCCUGCAGCCACAGGAUUGACUGCUGCAUAACUUUAAUCCGUUUAUCGUCAUGGUCGUGGUCACUAAGAAGACAUGAAGACGUGACAUUGAGGAAACGUGUGCAGGCCCGGGAAGGAUCCUGGAUAUUUCCUGAGUCCAGCUGACCCGAAUUCAGUUAGCUAGCGCGGGGUGUCUGCUACCUCUUCACCUUAUGUCAGAAAUACAAACAACCCGGCGGUGAUGUGUGAGAGGACUUAGGUUUCUGAAUUUGUUUUUAAGAAAGCAUACGUGUAUUUUUUUUAGGUACUGAAAGCAAAACUCGUACGCCUGGAAAGCUGAACUAGCUUGUUAGCUAGUUGUGCUAGCUCCGGUGGCCGCCGCCGCCGCGGUGUGAGAGGCUGGCUGUGCGGGCUGUGCGGGCUGGCUAACGGCUUGCGUUCGGAGAGUGGAGCCUCUCGCCGGUGCCCUGAAUUCAAGAAGGGUCCCCGGCUCCGGCCCCCUCAAGCGGGCAGUCAGGAAGAAGCUGGCUGGGAAGGGAUGGCCUGGUCGGUCUUCCCGUUCCAUAGGACAAGGCUCUGCGGUGUUUGAAGGAGGUCGGGUCCGGUUAGAGGCCACCACCGCGGGUCGAGGCGCUAUGAUGGCCGCCUCCCCCUCCGUGGCCGCCGGCUUCAAGGCCUCCGGGCUGUCGGUCAGAAAGAGCGAGGAAAUAGCAGAUUUGAUAGACGUGUUCUCUAAGGCGCAAUACCGAGCAAAGGAAGUGACUCCUCGGAUGGAGGCGAUAGAGAAGCGUUGCCUGGAAUUAUUUGCAAGAGAUUACAAGUACAGUAUUAUUCAUAACGCCAACGGAGAAGUGUGCGGCCAUUAUCCUCGACAGAUAGUUUUCCUGGAGUAUGAAUGCACGGAUGUGGAGAGAGACAGGUUUGAGAGCACAGUACAGAUCAGUAAACUGCAGGACUUGGUGAACCGGAGUAAGCUGGCUCGCUGCAGAGGGAGGUUUGUGUGUCCCGUCAUCCUCUACAAUGGCAAGCAUAUUUGUCGGUCGUCCACUCUGGCAGGCUGGGGGGAGCUGUAUGGACGCACGGGCUACAACUAUAUCUUCUCAGGGGGCAGUGAUGACACGUGGACAGAGUCAGAAGAGGUUCCAGAGGAUGAUAGCGCAGUCAGGAACGGAGACUCCCAGCUCUUCGACAAGGUCCGAGGCCACGACAUUAAGCUGCUACGUUACCUCUCGGUUCGCUACAUCUGUGACCUGAUGGUGGAGAACAAGAAGGUUAAGUUUGGCCUAAAUGUGACUUCCUCUGAGAAAGCAGAUAAGGCCCAACGCUAUGCAGACUUCACCUUGCUCUCUGUGCCUUACCCAGGGUGUGAGUUUUUUAAGGACUACAAAGACAGAGACUACACAGCUGAAGGACUGGUGUUCAACUGGAAUCAGGACUAUGUGGACGCUCCUUUGACAAUCCCUGUGUGCUUUACCAAGAACUUGAACAUUGACUGGAGUCAGUACCAGUCAUGGGACCUGGUGGAGCAGACCCAAAACUACCUGAAGCUGCUGCUCCACAUCAUCAACAGUGAUGAUGAGAGUGGCCUCCUGGUGCACUGCAUAUCAGGCUGGGACCGGACGCCUCUGUUUGUGUCCCUCCUCAGGCUCUCCCUGUGGGCAGAUGGAGCGGUGCACGCCAGCCUGCAGCCGGCCGAGAUCCUGUAUCUGACCAUCGCUUACGACUGGUUCCUCUUCGGUCACAUGCUGCCAGAUCGACUCUCCAAAGGGGAGGAGAUUUUCUUUUUUUGCUUCAAUUUUUUGAAGCACAUUGUCUCAGAGAAGUUCUCUGCUGUUAGGAAACAGAGAAGGAAGAACUCCCACUUCAAAGACAGUGAUUUCACUGUGGAGGACCUCUGCCAGUUAAAAUCGAAGGAUCGUGGCAGUGUGACCAGUCUGAGCAGUGACUUUUCCCUCAUCACUGAGGAGGUGGGUGCGGCCUCUAGCCUCACCAACGACAACGUGGACCUGUUCUCCGGACAUGCCCAGGCCUCCAACUGGAGAAAAGGUCCCACCUCCUCUCCUCAGAUGGUCGUGUGGAAUAAACAAAACCCUCUGGAGGAACACCUCUCCCACCCGCUCAGUGAAGCCAGGUCUUCCAGCUCCUCUUCCUCCAACCAAUCAGAACAUGCCGUCACACGCACUGGCAGCAGCCCAUUGGCUGUCCCCGGGAGAAGGUUAGCAGCAGACUACGCUCGGUCAGGGUCCUCCCUCUCUACAGAGUACGGGAGCUGGCAGAUAGUUUCCGGUUGUGGCAGCAUCCACGACCACGCUAACUUCCUUCCGCCUGCGGCCUCAGCCUCCUCCAACCCGUCUGCUGUCGCUGCUGCCUAUGACUCCCCCCUUCCCUUCAGCUUUCAGGACGAAGGACCCAGUGGACGAAUGUGUCCUUUCCCCUCAGAGCGUCAAGCCCGUCUGGAGGCAGUGCGGGAAGUCUUCCUGGCGGCCUACAGCUCCACCGUGGGCCUCAAGUCCUCUGCGCCCAGCCCCUCCGGCGCCAUCACCGGCUUGCUGGAGCAGUUCGCCCGUGGGGUCGGCCUCCGAGGCACCAACGCCAUCGUCUGAACCCCCCCGCCCUCAGUGUGACUUCAAAUCCACCUCCUGCUUCCAUCCAUCCACAGUUGAUUCAUGUCUGGACUCAGUACAAUAAAGUGCCAAAUAUCUCUGUACAAUUCAGGGGUGAAGCAUUAAUUUUCCUUUUUAUAUUUUGUUUUCUUCUUUGAUUUUUGUUUUCAAACCUUACAUGCCCUGAAUUUUUUUUUCUUUCUCUGUGCUGCUCCAACUUUUCUCUGGACUUUUAAUCUUCCAUGUUGAGUCGUGCCUCUGUCACAUUCAGGGAGGGAAACGCUCUCAGCCACCGUAUCAAAAAGGGAUAGUGUGAAGGCUUUCUAGCUGCUGAAAUGUAAAUGGCUGACAGCAUGGGGUCUGCACUUGUUACAGACAGAAUAUAUUAAGAAUUCUUCCUUCCUCUGCUUUUUCCUUAAUUUGUUCAUACUGUUUUUUUUCUUUUUUUGUCCCUUUGUGGUGACCGUCCCCAUGUACAGGAAGUGAUAUAUUUCUAGUUCUCUUGUUUCGUGCUGCUAUUCUUUACUGAUCCGAGCAGAGACAAAGACGUUAUGUAGCUGUUUUUAGUUCAGGUGGACGUUGAAGUUGAGAUAAACUCAGCACUUAAUGUGUUCUGACAGAAUUUGGCACCAAGCUAUUUUCUAAUUUGGCACAAUAGAUUGAAGUCUGAAUAUCCAAUAAGUUUUAGAGCUUACAGCUUUGGGCACGUCUGGUCUAGAUGUAAAGGAGAAGUUUCUUCGUCUUAAUACAGUACUCACUGCAAUUUGUAUGCUGGAAGAGUCUUUGGUUGCUAUAAUCAUGUCUCCUGUCACUACUGGCAGGAAGGCAAUCCCUACAUAGAUUGACUAUACUGUAGAGCCCCAAAUUUGUGAAUUUUGGACAAUAUAAUAUCAAAGUUUCUUGCCUUGAGUUGACUAUAGAAGUUGGGGGGUCAAAAUCCACAUUGAUAGCAACAUUCCGCUGAAGAUUCUCACAUCAAACCUGCAAACCUGGCCUAUUGCGUAUAGUUAACAUUGUUUCUGACGUAUGGAAGCUGUGGUAGGAGGGUGUUUCAUACACUGUUCGACAAUCUGACAAACCAUUAGUUUGACGCUUACUGAAAUCUUAAAGCUUCAACCAGUUAUUAUGACCCGCCUCAAGUGGCUAGACGUGCUAGUUUGGACGACAUAUUGUACGAAAGGAAAAGGUGUGUAUAGGUGUUUGAAACAGCCACACUGCCAUAGAGAGGGGUAAGGCGUGACCGAUGGAACACAUGGGGAUAAUGAGUGUUUGACAAUCCUACAAGCACUUUGUUUAAAGCAUAUCCACACCCUGAGAUUAUGGUUAGGUGUUGUAGGGAGGACUCAUUUUAGGGGUUGGGAAUAAGGAAUCUCACUGAACAUGGUAUAACACCAAAAACAAACUUACAUGUGACACCCAGGUAUGUUCCUCGACUGUGUUUCAAGCUAGAAAAACAGUGGAGGAAAACGAGAGAACUUUGUAUGUGGAUUUUGUACCCUAUUUUUGUGGAGUUGUGCGAUGAAGGGGUUGCUUCAUGACCAGUAGGAAUGAUUACCAAUACCACUCUACCACCGUACAAUUGAAAAAAGACAGACUUGGGGAAAAAAAAUCAGAACCUAUCCUUAAAUUAGAUAACUUCUGAGUUUUAUGUGAUAUUUUCUUCAUCUUUAUGAAAUCAGCUUCGAUCCUCAAACAUCUACAGGGCUCCGGAAUCGUCUCGCAUAGCACAGUUUUCCGAAAUCGUAAACCCAGGAGAUGAAGCAACGAACAUAUCGUUUCACCUUGCCAGUCUAACGUCUCCACUUCCUCUACUUCAGUCCAUAUUCAGUCAUCUCUUGUCCUUCAGUAGCACUGAUAUGGUAGCACAAGAGGCACUGAGCAUUGUGGUAGCAAAUCUGUGAACCGAAGGCCUUUUUUUUUCUUUUUUGUCGAUGUUGUCUCUUGUCAGACUUGUGACCAGUGAACUGAGGUCCACUUGAUUCCUGCCAGUGCUGAGAUUUCCGCCCAGCUAUUACCACAUGUGUUGUUCAAACAACAUGUGCGCCUUCUUUCAGGUCACACUUGGACAGAUAUUUUUACCUGGUCUCCUCUCGGGUAGAAUCACACUUUGAAGUUAUUAGCUUGAGAGAACUUUGAUUUGAAUCUAGCUUGUUGGUGUUUCCAAAUGGUUUUGAUGGCUGCUGUACCUCAGGACCUUUUGUUGUGCCUUUUUUUUAUCUUCAGUAAAUGCUGGAUCAGGUUUCUGGUCCAGUUUCAGGUGUAUUUCUGUUUCUUAAAUGGUUUUAAGAGCUUGAGGGGUUUGGCAGCGGGUUGUUAAUGGCGGUUUUGAGCAUAGAUCAUUAGCAGUGUUAGCUUUGCAGUAACCUUUUUUUGGGGUUCCCCUUUACCGCUCACUUGGUUGCAAGAUUAUAGGUCUUUGUUAGUAUGCAGUGACAUUACUCUUGAGUCUUAUGGACACCCCUGAUGAGGCUUAUGAGGUGGGGGCACAGAGCUAGAGUUGGGACAUGCUUAGCCUAGCUUAGCAUAAAGACUGGAAGCAGAGAUAAACUGCUAGCUUGGCUUAAAGUUUAAAAAAAAAAAAAACUUGGAAGACUUCUCUGACUUUUUCAUUUCUAUUUAAUUAGAGGUUCAACUAACAGGAUACCUGUUGGUGAAUUUUUUCACUUUAGAAAAAGCCAUAGGUGUUUCGCCCUGCUUCCAGUUUGUAAGUUAAGCUAAGCUAACCACGUCCUGUCUUCAGCUCAAUACUUUAGAUUGAUAAAGAUUUCUCAACUUACUCUUAGACAGAAAUUAAGUAAGUGUACUUCCCAUAACUAUUGUUUUAAGUGGCAGUAUUUGGCGUUCUGUAAGAUUCAAAGUCACAUUCUGCAUUAUUUGUACCACAAAAACACACUUGCUAGAAUGCUAGAGCUAUUUUAAACCACAUUAGUUUUAAUUCAGUUUUUUCCCUUAUUGGAGUAAGGAAUUUGGUUCAUAUGAGCGUGUGUAUCAUUGACUUCCAAACAAACUGACAAUAGAACAAUCGGUCAGCUUUCUCUGAAACAAUUUGGUAAUUUCAGGCAUCUCACAUAUUUUUAAGAUGCUCUAUCUGAAGAAAAGUUCUAAUGCUAAUCAUUUGUUUUAUUUUGGCCAAUCACAGGGCACCUGAGUUAUGAUGCAAAAACACAUUGUCUCUUUAAGAUGGCUGAAAAUGGUUAUCAUAAGAAAACUAUCCUUUCCAAUACUCAAAUAAUAUUCAGUUUUCACUCACUGGUUUUGCAUGUCCUCCUCCAGGUUUAUUUUAAUUGUGAAAUAUGGUUUUAUUUGUUUUAGAAAUGAAUUUUUAUUUUAAAAUCUCUUUUAUUAAGAUGCUGCAUUGCACUCAUCCUGAUGUUCUCUGUGUAAAGAGAACUUUGUACAGUCGAUGCAUUUUUAAGUAAUUUUACGUUUGUUUGUUUUUUUGGUCAUGAAUUGCUCUUAAUUGUUGGCAGAUGACAGGCUAUACAUAAAGGUGAACUGAGCAGCAGGUGGCAAUAAAGAAAAAAAUGAG